UACACUGUCAAGGCUAGUAACAACCGUGACCGCGUUUGGUGCAGUCGUCGCGCGCUUUGAGAGGUGUCACCGUUGCGCCACGGAACCCCCCUAACCGUCCCUACGCCUAUGAUGAUUGUGACUAACAAAUUAUAACACACACACUCUAGAAGUCAGACACCGGUGAUUUGAAUUAGCCAAGGACACCCGACCCCUGCAGUUAUGACGGAAGAGGCUUCCGAGUCAGACAUACGAGUGGAUGUAAAGGAGACGGAGAACACCCCUUGGGUUCACCGGGAUGACGAUCCAAAUACCAUUCGACCCGCUCCGCCAGCUGACGUCACAGAUGACGUCACAGUUGAUUUCGGCGGAAGCAAAACGGUGAAAGUGAAUAACCUAAAACCUAUCGACAGCACGAAAAAAACACGCACCACGAGCUCUACGAGUUCAACAAGCACGCCGACAUCUCCGGUUCCCGAGAACGUCAUUGGAGUCGAUGACCGCCUUAGAGUUAGCCCUACAAAAUCACCUCCAUACCGCUGGGUGUGCUACUUACAUAUUCAAACCGCCAACGGAAAAUAUUUCCGAGGGACUGGAUUUUUCAGUAACAUUUUAGGUCCAGGGUAUAGGUUCGUGAUUCUCACAUGCGGACACAAUCUUUAUUCUCGAAAACACGGCGGGUACAUGAAAAGCGUCACUGUGAUACCAGCACGAGACGGGGAAAGCGCUCCCUUCGGACAGUUCACUGUUUCAAAGGAUAGCUUCCGCGUAAGCCAAGCUUAUGUGGAGAAGGAGCUGCCCGACGAUGAUUAUGGCGCCAUUUUCGUCAAAGAUUCCAGUAUAAGGGCUACCAUUCCGUCGGAUGUCGGUUACGGCUUCGGCUCCGAAUUUCUUUCGGAUUCCGAAUUCCGUCGCCGCGUUGUGCACGUGUGUGGUUUCCCAGGCGACAAACCUGACUCGACGAUGUGGAUUGGUGGCGGGAUGGUGGAGGGCGUGUCUUCCCGUAUGUUCGGUUAUACCACAGACACAACCGCAGGGAACAGCGGUAGCCCGGUAUGGACUUGGAAUGUAUAUAACUGGAAAGUGGUCGGUAUUCACGCGUACGGCGGCAACAGAGAGAACUCCGCGUGCAGGAUCACACGCGCUAUGGCGAAUGAAAUAAAGCUGUGGUGGUGGUCGCCCGCGGACGACACCGCCGCGACCACGGGCGACACGGGAAGUCCUGCAUCGUCACCGGACACCCCAUCUUCUAGAAAUCCCGGUGGUAAUCCCAGCGGGAAUCCGUCACCUCCAAAGAAACCUUCCGCUGGCUGCUGUAGCUGUUUAAAUCCUAAAACGACUGACUGAAGAGGGUGGACGCAAGGGAUACGUACGACAAGCAGAUCUUAGACAAUCGGAGUUAUUCCAGGAAAGUUCGACGCGUCAAUUCCAGAGCGUCUGCAUGGAGUUUCAUGUCGGGAUCGGCUUAUUUCAGGACCGGACUAAGUGGAAAAGGAAAUAAACUAACUGACGUCAGUUGACGACCACAAUCGCACCUUGUAAUUUCGAAAAUGUUGUUUGAUCGUCUGCUAAUUAUUUUAGUUAUAGCUCCGGUAUCACGGUGGAGAGCCCAGGACAAGAAUAUAAUAUAAGGCAUGAUUUAUUGAACUCGCCCAUUUCAUUUUUCACUUUGUGAAGCAAACAGUCAUUUAAAAAUGGUGACGUCAUACUGUUCACAAGUGACGUUACAAAAAUAUGAAUUAGAAAAUCUUACGUAGUAAGAGCAGUUUUAGGGUGUGAAAAGUGUGCUUUUUGCGUUUUUGUUGCGUUUUUAAAACGAUUUUAUUGUUUUUAAAGUAGGUUAGUUUUAUGGCUUUUUUCACAUUUUCUAAUAUUCACUUGGCAUAAAUCUUAAGGAGCGCAACGUGUGUACCCCGAGCUUUACAUCCAAUGUGAGUUACUUUCUUCAUUUGGAUAUAUCCACAUUGGAUGAGCGUGAGAAGAUGCAGAUUCGAAAAUAAAGAAAAUGACAGGCAACGGAGCUGAAUCUCUGGGUACGCGUGUGAUACCUUAUGUUGAUAAUGCACGUAUAUUGGUGGGUUUUUUUCAUCUAAUUUUUUUUCGUGGAUGGAGGAAUAUUUUUGUUACACCUAUGCUCUAUGAAGAUUACCUAAAUUUAUGUCCCCGUAGUGCAUUUUAUUGAGUAUGUUGUGCAUAUGGUUAUACUUAUACAGAGGCAACUUUUUUCUACUAGUUUGGUAAUAUUUUUGUACAAAGUACAUGGUAUCCUGUACAGUGGAAAAUGUACAUGUAUAACAUCUGUAUAUGUGGACUUAUGCAUUUCAUUCACUUACAAAUGCAAGGAAACAUAUGCUACUCAAGUCUUCCAUGAUCAUGAAUAGUGGUUAGUCGUUUUACAUCGUCUUUGGUUCAAUACAUUUUUCCACAUUUGUGCCAUAUCAUUUCAACUGUAUUGUAGAUACCAGAAACUCCUUGGCUUGCGCAUUUGUGAUAACAUAUACCAUCUGUGUAAAAUCAUCAUUCUAAAAACGGGAACGGAAAAAAAUUACCUAGGGUGCAUGAGUGGUAUAACAUGUUAGAAGGAUAACGGGACUGUUUCACUAAAAGUGAUAAUAAAUUGGUGUUUUGGGCUGUUCUUUACUACAACUGGUAAAUCGCCUGUCAAGCUAGACUGUAUUAUGAAGUUUCUUAGUUCAAAAUUUAGGACAAUUUUUGAACAACAUGUAACCCAAAAAGCUUAGUCUGCUUUUAUUAAUUAAUUAAUUAUUAUUAUUUUAUUAAUUUUAUCUUGAAAUUGACCUCAGGGUUUGUAUUUCAUUGGUCUAGAAACAAGGCAUUCAACACGACCUUCAUAGCCGCCACAUCACUAAUCGUUUUUAGUUUUGUAUAUGCGAUAUUUGACCUGGAUCCUUUCCGUAUUACCUGUCAUAAUUUUGAUUUAAAUUAAAGGGAUAAUAACUCUUCAAAUGAGACCUAUGUUUUACAAUAAAUACAUUGUA